AUGGAUGUUAUAAGCUUCAUUCAAUACUGGAUGGAAAACGGGAAGGAAGUCGGCACCACUUUCGCAUGCAAUGGCUAUCCCUAUGUUGCCGUUGACGAAAUUUUGACUCAAUUGAGAAAUGAAUUCAAUGAGAUUAUGAGUGAAUUGACCGGUGUUACUGAACAAAACCUCACAGGAACACCAGGUUUCUCCAUUCCACUAACAACAUCAUCGAAGAUUCUUGUAUAUGGACGGAGAAAUUCAGAAGACAUUUCAAACGAAGAGAUUGUCUUGAAAGUUGUGAGCAGUCAAGCUGACGACAGCACGAUGGAGAUGAAGAACCAAUAA